AACCUGCAAAAGGCCUGCAAAAAUAGAUAGGCCUACCUGUAUUCUGUCUCUUUCUGAAAUAGCAAGAUUAUCUGUGCACUCUGGUGUGUUCAUUAGAAAGGAUCUCUGUCAUAUCAGUACAGUCAUUUAUGCACAAUAAGAGCGUAAGUAAUUCUAUCACCUCCCAUUGUCAGGCUUGGGUACGGUUCUAUCAGAACCAUCUGUCUAGUUCAGAUAACAAUAGCUGUGAUAUUCAAAACCACCUUGUGUGAAAGAACCGCCCCGCAGUCCAGAUGAGCUGAGCUGAUGUGAGCGCGAGGCAGAGAUACUGAAUAGUUGAUGAGACAAUAGUUAGUUUGACGGAGGGGGAAGAAUGGAAAUUCUGGAACUUAUCUCCUUCCCCAUUCUGGACCGAGCCAGAAAACUGUGAUGGAAAAUUACUCUGCGCCUGUGCAUGUGUGCGCAUGAGAGAGAGAGAGAGAGAGAGAGAGAGAGAGAGAGAGAGAGAGAGAAAAAAACAGGAGAGCAAGCGUGAAGACGAUGAAGAAAAGUGGAUGAAAUGGUCAGCAUAAAAGAAAGUCCAGAAAUAAAGUUGUCAGAGAGGCACGGCGAGAAAUGUUAGAGGUGUUUCGGUGAUCACAGUGCUUAGUCAGGGCCUGGAAAUGCAGCAUCUCGCACCUGAGAAUCACAGGCGCUUCUGUUGGAGCAGGUGGAAAAACCUACUCCUGCCACAGCUGAACAGAUGCUCGCUGUAUGUCUACGGCAGUGAGGUGGCUGUGGAGAAGGAGUGCAUUAGACAGAAAGAGGAAGGCGUGUUGGUCAUCCAUCCCUUCAGUCGUUUAAGGAGUUAUUAUAUAAUGUGUAUGGUGGCCAUAACAUUUCUGAAUCUAAUUGGCAUUCCAAUGGAGAUUGCCUUUCUUGAUGGGAACAGUGGAGUAGGUUGGGAGGGUUUUAACGUGUUCUCGGACACUCUGUUCCUGAUUGACGUGGGGCUUAACUUUCGCAUGGGGAUCAUUAGUGAGGACAGUGAGGGAGCCAUUCUGGAUUUGAAAAGCAUUCGACAACACUAUUUAAAAAGCUGGUUUAUACCUGAUAUGAUAGCAGCAUUCCCAGUUGGUUACAUACUACUUAUUGCGGACCUGCAAUACCACAGUGACUCUCCCUCAUCCAGAGCAGGCAAAAUGAUGCGCAUCUUGAUGUUUGUGAGAAUCCUCAGUCUUGUCCGCCUGCUGCGUGUGUCAAGACUUGUUCGGUUUUUCAAUGAGGUGGAGAGAGUUUCAAAUGCCAACUUGGAGGUGGUGAGGGUGUUCCUAAGAAUCUUGUCGUUAUUUAUGAUGAUUUUUCUGCUGUGCCACUGGAAUGGCUGUAUUCAGUAUUUUGUGCCUAUGCUUGAAGAGUUUCCCUCAGACUGCUGGGUUAGAAGAGAGAAUCUAAUGAAUGCCACAGUGGGAGAGAAGUACUCUUUUGGAGUCUUUCGGGCCCUCUCUCAUAUGACUGCAAUAUCAUACGGUUCCUCUGAAACACCCACAAGCAAGGAGUAUACUUUUGAUCAGCUGAUUUAGAAAAACAUUCA